GUUUUAUCUAAUGUCAUGUGACCCAUACUCAGCCAUCUUGUGGAAAACGAAGAGAGAGAGAGUGAGAGAGAGAGAGAGAGCCACACAACUCGAAUACAAACCCCGUGCUGUCAGAAAAAAAGCAGAGAACUUCAAGGAAGAAUGGCCGAAACCCAGACGCUUAACUUUGGACCAGAAUGGCUCCGCGCCCUGUCUGGAGGUGGUGGCAGUAGUGGCGGUGGAAGCAGCAGCAUUGUUGCCUCCCCACCCCUCUCACCUGCAUUGCCAAAGUAUAAACUUGCAGACUACCGCUACGGGAGAGAAGAAAUGCUAGCACUUUAUGUAAAGGAUAACAAGAUCCCUAUAGACCUAAAUGAUAAGGAGUUUCUGCCCAUCUUGCAAGAGGAGCCCUUGCCACCACUGGCACUUGUGUCUUUCACAGAGGAAGAACAGAGAAAUUUUUCCAUGUCUGUAAACAGUGCAGCUGUACUUCGGCUGACAGGGCGAGGAGGCGGUCCUAUAGCUGGGGCACCAAGAGGCCGAAGUACCUCAAGGGGUAGAGGUCGGGGAAGAGGCGAUGGAGGGUUUUACCAAAGAAGUUUUGAUGAUGUAGAAGGAGGCUUUGGCCGCGGAGGGAGGGAGAUGCACCGCUCCCAAAGCUGGGAGGAACGGGGAGAUAGAAGGUUUGAAAAACCGGGUCGAAAAGACCCAGAUGCUGCUCCAGGCCAUUUUCAGAUGAAUCACAUCCGAGCCAACUAUGAGGAUGGUGGAACAGGCCUGCCGAGGAAGCACGACUUUACACGCUCAGAGAGUGAGAACUGGCGUACUUCUCGAGAUGAUCAGAACGGUGAGGAUGAUGAGGGGGGCUGGCGCCUGGCGGGUUCUCGACGGGACAGCGACCGGUGGUGCCCCCCGAGCCCAGAUGGGCCUCGGUCGGCGGGGUGGCGGGAACACCCAGAGCAGCGCCGCCGCUUUCCGUUCGAUGCCAGAGAGGAUGAACGUGGCUACCGGAGGCCGCGCUCAGGCAGCGGCAGCCUCGAGGAUGAGAGGGACAGCCUGCCAGAAUGGUGUCUGGAGGAUGCAGAGGAGGAGGCGGGCACCUUUGACUCGUCAGGAGCAUUUCUCUCGCUCAAGAAAGCUUCCAAGGAGCCAAUCCUCGAGGAGGCAGAGCUCGAAUUCAAACCCUUGGAAGAGUGUGAAGAGGGCCUGGAGGAGGAGGACAGUCAGCCCAAGGAGACCAAAGAGACAGAAACAGAGGCCAAGAGAGAGGCUGACAGAAAAGAAGAGUUGGCCAGAGUGGAGGAAGAAACUCCACCUGCUGCUCAUCCGGCCCCAGAACCACAGGCCCCCACCCAGCCACUCCCCCCUGUCCAGCCCAUCAGAGCUGAAGAGCCUGAGAGGCCAGCUGAACGGGCUGACAGACAGUCUCCACCAGAGCCACGGCUAGAGCCCAUCAAACCCCCCCUGCAUGUCCCUAUGUCUAACAGCAUGCUGGAGUCCAUACCCAUGGCCCACAUUGCUACCACUCGCACCGAAGUCUCUGCUCCAUCACCCACAGUCCAACUACAGCAGCAAAAGCCCAUGGAGGUUCCUGUGGCAAUGCCCAACGCCCUGCCCUUCCCCACAAGUAUGAUGGCUCCUAUUGGCAGGCCAGCAACCAUGCCACAUGACACAGAUGAAGAUGAGGGCUUGAAACACUUUGAACAGGAGGCAGAAAAGAUGGUAGCAUACCUUCAAGACGGAGUGGUGGAUGAUGACAGGCUGGCAGCAAAGAGCUCAGAGAAGCCCAAGCCUGCAGGUCUGCCUCUCACCCAUGAGGCUGCUCUCAAGUGGUUCUACAAAGAUCCCCAGGGGGAGAUACAGGGUCCAUUCAGUAACCAGGAGAUGACUGAGUGGUUCCAGGCUGGUUACUUCACUAUGACCCUGUUGGUCAAGAGGGGCUGUGACGAGGUGUUUCAACCCCUGGGAGAGAUCAUCAAGAUGUGGGGAAGGGUGCCCUUUGCCCCUGGCCCCGCACCACCACCUUUACAGGGUGAUGGUGAUCAGGAGAGGUUGAAGAGGCAGCAGGAGCUCACUGCCCUCAACCUUUACCAGUUACAGCAGCUCCAAUACCAGUACCUUCUCAGGCAACAGUAUGCCCAGGCCCUGGCCCAGCAGAAAGCUGCAGCCCUCUCCUCAGCUCCUCUUCAGCAGCAGCAGCAACAGCAGCAGCAGAUUAACCUGCUCCUACAGCAAUACCAGGCUCUCAAGAUGAGAGCCUCUGAGAGCCUCCUACCUCCUGUCACCCGGUCCCUGUCUGUACCAGACUCUGGUUCUGUGUGGGAAAUGCAGAACCCGUCUUCUCAGGCUUCCUGCACACCAAACCUCCAACAAGCUGCUCCUAGCACAUGGGAUGGCAGCAGUGUAUGGGAUUUACCAAUAGACUCCAUGGCGCAGGCUCCAGCCAUUGAGCAGAUGCAACAGUUAGAGAAGGCAAAGGCUGCUAAGUUGGAGCUGGAGAGGCGUGAAGCAGAAAUGAGGGCCAAGAGAGAGGAAGAGGAGAGGAAACGGUUAGAGGAGGCCUUGAGAGCUCGGCAGGAGGAGGAACGCAAACGCUUAGAGGAAGAGGAGCUGGCACGGCAGAAACAGGAGGAGGCGUUGAGGAGGCAGCGAGAACAAGAAGAGGCGCAGCGCAGACAGAAGGAGGAGGAGGAGAGACUGGCUCAGGAGGAGGCUCUCCGCAGAUUGGAGGAGAGGCGGAGGGAAGAGGAGGAGAGGAAGCAAAGGGAAGAGUUCCUUCGCAAACAGGAGGAAGAGCGGAGGAAGCAAGAGGAGCUGGAAGCUUUGAGGAGGCGUGAAGAGGAGAAGCGGGCAGAGGAGGAGGCUGCAGCUGCAAGUGCGGCAGCUGCUUUGGCCCGGCAACAACAGGAGGAGCAGAAACGAAGGGAGCAGGAGGCACAAAGACAGCAGGAGCUGCAGAGACAGAGGCAGCAGCAGCAAGAGGCCCUCAGGCGACUCCAGCAGCAACAGCAGCAGCAGCAGCUCGCACAGAUGAAACUCCCCUCCUCUUCAAAGUGGGGCCAGCAGUCAGCCAACGCCAUAAAUCAGACUCAGAACGCCCUGUCACUUGCUGAGAUCCAGAAACUGGAGGAGGAGAGAGAACGACAGGCGCAGGAGGAGCAGCGACGCCAGCAGCAAGAGCUCCUGAAGCUGCAGCAGCAACAGGCCUUGCAGCAAGCUCAGCAGCUACAGACCAAGCUGUCUGGCUGGGGCAGCGUGGCCAAGCAGCCAGCUGCCACAAAGUCCCUGCUGGAGAUCCAGCGAGAGGAGGCGCAGCAGAUGAAACAGCGGAAGGAGCAGCAGCAGUCUCACACCUCUGUCGCCCAGCAGAACCGCACCCAAAACAGAGCUUCAACUCUGAGCACCUCGGUGUGGGGAUCUGUCAACACCGGCACUAGUUCUAAUUGGGCCUCGGACUCUAGCAGUAUUUGGGGCGACACACACAACUCUAACAUGGGCUUCUGGGAUGAGGCUGUGAAGGAGGCUGCCCAGCACCCUGCCCAGUCCAGGAAAGGCAACUCUCAAAAGAACAACAAGGGCAAUGCCAACCUCAGUAACUCUGUGAGUGGACGAGCCAACAAGAAGGUAGAAGAGGAGGAGAAGCUGCUAAAACUGUUCCAAGGGGUAGGCAAGAGCCAGCAGGAUGGAUUCAUGCAGUGGUGUGAGCAAACCCUGCACACCCUCAACACAGCCAACAACCUGGAUGUUCCGACAUUUGCAUCCUUCCUGAAGGAGGUGGACUCUCCGUAUGAGGUGCACGACUAUGUCAGGGCCUAUCUGGGGGACACUCCCGAGGCCAAGGAGUUUGCCAAGCAGUUCCUGGAACGUCGUGCCAAACAGAACGCCAACCAACAGAAACAGGCACCGCAGAACCAACAGCAAGCGCUCAAGCAGCAGCAGCAGCAGGAUUCUGUAUGGGGCGGGACAGGAUCUUCGUCACUGUACCAGCCCAACCAUACGAGCCUCCAGCAGCCGCGCUUCGAGACCGUCACCUCAGGGAAGAAGAAGAAAAAGCAGAAGAUGGUCCGUGCAGACCCAAGCCUUCUAGGUUUUUCUGUGAAUGCGUCCUCUGAGAGAUUGAAUAUGGGCGAGAUUGAGACCGUGGAGGACUUUUAAGGGACUGCUGCCAACCAAUCCCACUGACUGUAUCCGAUUUGAACAGCAGCCAUUUUACCCAAGCCCCUGCCCCGGCCCCCACCGGCCCCCACAUCCCUCACCUCGUUUUUUUUCCCCCCUCCAUUUAACAAACAUUCUCCAAUAAUCUCACACUGAUUCCAAAUUUCAAACCGUAAUCGGAGGCGAAAGUUAUGUUUUCCCCUUGCUAAUGGAUCCCUAUUGAAACCCGUUGAGGGAAUGGGGACAAGCAGAGUCACCGUUGAAACAUCCAACCAGGCAAUCACUCAACUAAUGAACUAUGAAGUUUCUGGAAAAGGCUGCAGAGGUGUUGAUGUCUUUGCACCAUCAGCUGCUCAAUCCCGGCUCAUGUCCUGUUUGUUGAAAUUUGCGGUAACGACCUUAUUCCAAAUCUGGUCUGCAUCCUAUGGAUUUUUUUUUUAGAGUGUGGAUAUAUGGGUUGGGGGUGGUGGUGGGUUUAAUGGGAAAGGUUAGAGAGAUUAUAUCCAUUUUGUUUUAUUUAUUUGAAGUUUACCCCCACACUUAAAACUCCCCUCUUUUCCCUCCCUGUUUUCCGCUGAGUGUUCAUGGAUAAUGACGAUGGGAAAGUAGGACCCAAGGAUUCGUGCCCACUUAUGUCCUGUUUUAAGGGCAUGUUCGAAAGUUCCAAGUAGUUAUCUAUUUCUUGUAAAAUACUAGGCUGUUUAAAGAAUAAACUUUCAAUUCUGCAUCUGUAUUAUAAUAUAUGGAAAUGAUGAACUGCUGGAGUCAUACUUUUUUAUUGCGGUAUGAAAUAAAACAGUCUGUUGUGUGGGCUGUUCA